AAGAACCCAUUUUGCCUCUGGUGGAAAAACAGAUCAGGGUCUCUCUCUCUCUCUCUCUCUGCGGUCUGGGAUUGCGACAGCUCUCAUCCUGUUGACCCUGACAGUCUAGUUUUCUUCAUUCUGACCAGGAUCACCACCACUCUGGAAACUUGCAUAACUCAUCUGUACGUUCUUCCUCUCCACAAUCCAAUUGUAUGAUUUUUUCCCCCCCAAACAGCAUUCCUUCUAACAUGAUUAAAGCAUGAAAAAACUGAUGUCUUUAGGCCAGAAACUGUGUUCGGGGUCUCAAGGAGACCUGGACCUGAAGAAACCAGCUGGAGCCUGCAAUGGUCCAGACCAAGAGGAGAAGAUGAUCAUGAGGAGGGAGAUCUCUCUCACCAAUGGCAUCUGCUUAAUUGUGGGCAAUAUGAUUGGCUCGGGUAUUUUCGUGUCACCCAAGGGUGUGUUGAUGUACAGCGCGUCCUACGGCCUUUCGCUGAUCAUCUGGGCUCUCGGUGGCAUAUUUUCCGUGUUUGGUGCACUGUGUUACGCAGAACUUGGAACCACUAUUACAAAGUCUGGUGCUAGUUAUGCGUACAUCCUGGAGGCCUUUGGUGGUUUCCUUGCUUUCAUUCGCCUGUGGACGUCCAUCCUGCUGGUGGAGCCAGCCAGUCAGGCGGUCAUCUCACUGACGUUUGCCAACUACCUGGUGGAAGCUUUCUACCCCACCUGUCAGCCUCCGUACGACGCUGUGAGACUGAUAGCAGCGGCUUGUCUCUGCAUUCUGAUCUUCAUAAACUGUGCUUAUGUAAAGUGGGGCACUUUGGUUCAAGAUAUUUUCACCUACACCAAGAUCAUGUCUCUGCUCCUCGUCAUCACAAUGGGCAUCAUCAAGAUAAUUAAUGGAGAAACAAAGAACUUUAAUAAUCCAUUCGAGGGUUCCUCCACGGAGGCGGGCAGCAUUGCUCUCGCACUUUAUUCGGCUCUGUUCUCCUACUCUGGCUGGGACACACUCAACUUUGUUACUGAGGAGAUCCAGAACCCUGAAAGGAACCUUCCCAUCGCUAUAGCCAUUUCCAUGCCAAUAGUGACAAUCAUCUAUCUGCUGACCAACGUGGCCUACUAUGUAGUUCUGGACAUGCCUUCUUUCAUGGGUAGUGAUGCAGUGGCUGUAACAUUUGGAAAUCAGGUGCUAGGUCCCAUUAGCUGGAUCGUUCCCAUCGCUGUGGCCAUGUCUUGCUAUGGAGGACUCAAUGCCUCCAUCAUUGCUGCCUCCAGGUUGUUUUUUGUGGGGGCGAGAGAAGGCCACCUUCCCAUCAGCUUAAGUCUGAUCCAUGCUGAGCGCUACACUCCUGUACCUGCACUGCUCUUUAAUGGCGUGAUGGGUCUGAUCUUCCUCUGUGUAGAGGAUGUGUUUCAACUCAUCAACUACUUCAGCUUCAGUUACUGGCUGUUUGUGGGUCUGUCUGUGGCCGGACUCAUUUACCUGCGUAUCACUCAGCCUGACAGACACAGACCUGUCAAGCUCACAUUGUUCUUUCCCUUCAUCUACUGCUUGUGCAGUGUGUUCCUCGUGAUCGUGCCUCUGUACAGCGACACCAUUAACUCCCUCAUAGGAGUUGCCAUCGCACUGUCUGGAGUGCCUGUUUAUUACCUGUGUAUCUACUUGCCCAAAGAGAAAAGGCCAAAAUGGAUCGGUAAAAUCAAUGAUUCUGUCACCAAGUACACUCAGAUCAUGUGCUGCUGCUGCUUAACUGACUUGGAUCUGGAGCCAGAGAAGCUGGCAGAACCAAAGACUCAAUAACUAUCUCAAGAGGACGUGCCUGGAGCAUGGAUUCCAUCUCUGCAUCAUAGGGAGAAAAAAAGAGAAACUAUUUGUCAAAAAAAAAUACCUCACGGAUUUAUAAAACGUCUAGUACAUAUCUCAUAGAGAUCAAAUUCCAUCGAUAUCUCAGAUAUAUCUCUUUUGCUCAGUGUAACUGAAAAGCAAAAUACUGUGUGAUUUAUUCUGUUGGAGUGUUUCUUCAAGGAUCACUAAUAACUGCAAAUCAAAAUGAAUUAUGUCCGCCAUUCUGUCAAGGUCUCAAUGAAGCUCCUUGUACGCCACUGACUGAAGAGGUUUAUAGAUACCGGGAAACAUUGGAACUGCUUUUGGUUUGAGUCUUGAACAGAAAACAGGGCAGAGGAGCUGGAAUAUACUGACAAACUGAACAACUGGAUAGUUAACUCAUGUCAACUAUUUGGGGACUACGAUAUAGAGUGAUGGGACUUUCUUUUUUAAAAAAUACACAUUUCUUUCUGUACCGUUUGUCAGAUGCAGUAAAAAAAAAAAAAAAAAAGAACAAUUUUCAAAUGAUUUUGUCUCACUGUCUGUAUUUGAUGUCCUUUGUUAAUUUGAAAUUGAAAACAGGAAGUAUCACUUACUGAA